CGUUCGCGUGGUCUAUUCGCGCCAUUCUCUUGUUUUUGUGCUUUACAGUGGAAGCCAGCGCAGAGAACGCAGCGAUCAGAAAAGUGUUCCGUUCGUUUUCAUAAGUGAAAUAAGUUCGUUUGUGCUUUUGUGGUGACGUUUUAAAGUACCCGCAGUUAAAUUAGCAACGCUUGAAAGUGCCAUGCUUUUGUUACCGGUGCUGAUAACUUAGGUCUGAAGGCUGUGAUGAUUUUUUUUUUUUAUUUUGUAAUCAAGUCAUCGAACUUCUUUCUCUCUCUCGGGACGUUAACCCUCAUUUGGAUCAGAUUACAGAUCUAGCAAUGGUGCUUCUAACUAGCGACUUUAAACCUGCGGACGUAUUCGGACGAGAACGUUAAGUGAAGGCUUUGUAAUGAUUUCAAACUAGAAAAGAGGGAUAAGUGUGGCAGCUUUAUAACUUUUAGAAGUUCGUUAGUGUUUGCAAUAUGAGGAUUUCAUCAAGGAACCAAAGGGGUAAUCCGUAUGCAGUCUAUCAGAAGGAGGUUCAGAAUGGAUAUGCCACAACUCUUUAUGUUGGGGAGGGUCCUGGACUCUUGCCGUCUUCAAAUCCAGAGCAGAAUAAUACAAAGAAUCAAGAAGAAAGUGGUGCAACAGAAGACACAUCGGCUGGGAUGUGGGUGAGUGGGAGGGAAGGAGGCGGGUUACCAUGGGAGGAGGUGGCCCGCCUCCUUCACACUGACACAGAAGUUGGUUUACCCUCCCGUGAGGUUCUCACCCGCAGGCAGCUGGUAGGUUACAACGAAUUCACUGAAACCGAAGAUGAUCCUCUCUGGAAGAAGUACUUAGGCCAAUUCAAGGAGCCAUUGAUCCUCCUGCUGUUAGCUUCAGCAUUUGUUUCUCUGUGCAUGGCUCAGUUUGAUGAUGCUGUUGUUAUUACACUGGCUAUUGUUAUUGUGGCAACUGUAGCAUUUAUUCAAGAACUCCGAACAGACAAGGCGAUUGAAGAGCUGAAAAAGCAGGUUCCAGCUACUUGCAUGUGCCUUCGAGAUGGUAAUGUACGAGAAUACCAAGCUAGAGAACUGGUUCCAGGCGAUAUUGUUCAUCUUGCCAUUGGUGACAGGAUACCAGCUGACUUACGAUUGUAUGAAGCAGCUGAUCUCAGUAUUGAUGAGUCCAGUUUUACAGGAGAAACAGAGCCAGCCUCAAAGAAUUGUGGAAUAAUGUCUACAAAUAGUUAUGGAACAUCAGGCAGUAUUGCAAAUAUUGCAUAUAUGGGGACGUUUGUACGAACCGGACGAGGAAAGGGCAUUGUCAUCAGCACAGGAGAAAAGUCCCAGUUUGGAGAACUGUUCCGCAUGAUGCAGGAAGAAGAGGCACCACGGACUCCCUUGCAGAAAAAUAUGGAUGAACUCGCUAAAAAGCUCUCAAUAUUUUCUUUUGCCUUUAUUGGCAUUGUGUUUUUACUAGGGUUGUAUCAAGGCAUACCAAUACACAAGAUAUUCAAUAUUGCUGUAAGUUUAGCUGUUGCUGCUAUUCCUGAAGGUCUGCCUAUUGUUGUGACUAUGACUCUCUGCCUUGGUAUCCGUCGCAUGGCAUUACGCUCGGCUCUUGUGAAGGGUCUGCACACAGUGGAAACUCUUGGUUGUGUAACAACAGUGUGUUCUGACAAGACUGGCACACUGACUAAAAAUGAAAUGACUGUGACUGGCAUUGUUACCUCAGAAGGUGAUGAAUGCCAUGUAACAGGUGUUGGAUAUAUUUGUGAGGGUCAGAUCAUUUUUGAAGGAGGUUUCUCAGAAUUGGCUAAUGAAGCUGUCACAAAGUUACUUGAAACAGGUGCUGUGUGUAACAAUGCUGUUAUUGUUGGUGAUCAGCUUCAGGGUCAGCCUACAGAAGGUGCUAUAAUUGUUGCUGCUCGCAAACAUGGAAUAUACAAUGCAAAAGAUAAAUACCACAGGCUGCAGGAAAUGCCAUUCAAAUCUGACACGAAGACCAUGACUGUAGAAGUUAAAAAUAAGAAGACUGGGGAAGUUGAAUGGCUUGUUAAAGGAGCUGUUGAAUCCAUACUACAAGCUUGCUCACACUACCAGCAGAACAUGGCGACGUUACCCAUUUCCCAGGAAAAAUAUCAACAGAUUAUAAACUGGGCUCAUGAAAAGGGUCGACAGGGCCUCAGGGUUCUUGCAAUUGCCCGUGGCCCAUCGUUGGCUGAACUUAGCUACAUGGGAAUGGUAGCCAUAAUUGAUCCACCAAGGGAAGAAGCUCGACCUGCUAUUACCACCUUGCAGUCAACUGGUGUACGUGUAAAGAUGGUCACUGGUGAUGCACAGGAAACUGCUUGUGCUAUUGCAUUGGCUGUAGGAUUACAGGUUCGUCCAGGAACAGUCUUUUCGGGAGAUCAGCUUGACAAUAUGGAUGAUCGAGUUCUUGGAAACAUUGUUCAAGAAUCCACUGUAUUUUACCGAGUGUCACCUAGGCACAAACUCCGUAUUGUAAAGGCAUUACAGGAUUGUGGAGAAAUAGUUGGUAUGACCGGUGAUGGAGUGAAUGAUGUAGUUGCCCUAAAACGUGCAAAUAUUGGAAUUUCCAUGGGGAAGAUGGGCACAGCAGUUAGCAAAGAAGCAGCAGAUAUGAUACUGAAUGAUGAUAAUUUCAAAACUAUAUUGUCAGCAAUUGAGGAAGGAAAGUGUAUUUUCCAUAACAUAACGAACUUUGUCACUUUCCAAGUCAGCACCAGUCUAGUUGCUCUCAGUCUUAUUGCGCUCUCUACUGUUUUUGGAUUACCCAGUCCUCUAAACCCUAUGCAGAUUCUUCUCAUUAAUGUGAUAAUGGAUGGUCCCCCUGCUCUUACUCUGGGCAUGGAACCUAUUGAUGAUGAUGUUAAGGUUCAACCACCACGGGAUACAACGAAAGACCUCAUCACCCCUAAAUUGAUAAGGAAUUGCGUUAUAUCUGCUGUUGUCAUAAUUUGUGGGACAUUAUGGGUGUUCAGAUCUGAAAUGAGUGAUGGGGUUGUAACAGCUCGAGAUACAACCAUGACUUUUGCAUGUUUUGUGAUGUAUGACAUGUUUAAUGCCAUGUCAUGCCGUUCAGAUUCAAAAUCUGUGUUGGAGAUUGGUCUGACAACCAACUGGUACCUAUUUGUAGCUCUCACAGCCACCAUUGGUUGCUUGAUGUGUGUUGUGUAUUUGCCAUUCCUUCAAUGGGUGUUUCAAACGGAAGCAUUACACAUAGCAGACUGGCUUUACUUAGUUUGCUUAACGUCAACUGUACUUCUCGUUUCUGAAGUUCGAAAGUUCAUUGAUCGGCGGCAUGAGUAUUCAAAAGGAAUUAUGGCAGCUAAGGGCUUCUGGUUAUCUAAGAAAACUACAAAGCCAUCAUGGAUGGAUGCUGUGUAAUGUUGUGAUAAUUAUUUUCUUCUGUAAUUCUGCAAGUUUAGUAUAAUUGUUGCCGAGUAAGUCAGAUUUUAAUGUUUCAUGCUAAUUUUUAUGUUUAAUACUUGUUUAGACUGUAUUCAGUUUGGAUUUUAUUCCUUUAUGUAAAAAUAUAUUAUAAAAGAAAGUUGAAAAUUUCAGUUUUUGGAAUCCUUGCUGGAUGCAGCCAAAACAAGUUUUUUUUUUUUUCUUUUAGUGCCCGUAAUUUUCACUGUAGCUGAAGAGUGACUGUGAAUAGAAAACAAGUAACCCAUUAUUUCAAGACAUUUAAAGAUGCCAUUGUCAGUGGCUUAGCAGAUAGCACAUUCAGUGUUUUAGAGUACUACUACUAUAUUCUUGUCUUCAGGCCCCGUUUGCUCUCUGCAUGUUGGGCUUUGCACAUUCUCAAAGUCUGUUCAUAACCUGCACUGUUAAUAAUAUUAGAGAUAGUAGUUAAUGAUGUCAUUUCAUAUUGCAUCAAGUUAGUUCCCAGUAAUAGUUGUUGUAGAAACACUAAAUGAUAUUACUUAACAAUUUAUGGAAACCCAUUGCAUAUCAAGAUAUACACGGAAAAAAAAAACCUGGCUCUUUCCAACUUCAAAAAGCCAUUUUUAUUAGUUGACAUAGUAUUACUAGAGAAAGGUUACACGCUGGAGUUUUGUAUUCACUAGUGUUAGAAAAAAUGGAAGGAGAGACGGUACGUAUAGCUAUUUUUACACCCGUUGUCUAUUAACACCAUUUUAGGGAGGAAUUUUGAGUAAGAGAAAUAUAUAUUUAUAUUGCCACAUUGAUGUUCAGAUGAGGUUCUUUCGGAUAAGUAUUACUGUAUUGUAUAGAGAUAUUUACUUUAAACAUACACAGGAAGAUUAAUAGCCUUACUUCUGAGAACUAGCUUUUAAACCCUAAAAACAUACUCUUCAUAGAAUAAUCCCUAAAAGAUAAUUGUACAUUGGGUAAAUAAUGAACAGGGUAACAGUGUACCAUUAAAAUCUAGGAUUUCAGGCUAUUUUUAAUUUUGUGUUAAGUUCCAGUAACCUCACUUAUACAAAAGGAAUUUGUUUAAAAUAUGUACUUUCUGUAAAAAGAGAUUAAAAUUACAUUUAUAAGUUUUAAGGCACCAAGUUGUGUCCAUGUAAGAAUCUCUUGUUUUUUAUUUUAGUGCUUACUCUGUUAGCACAGUAUUGGUUUUUAAUAAUAACUUUUAUUAUUUUUUAAAUGGUUAGUUUUAGUCAAACCUAAAUUGUCCUUUUGCUGCUUGUAAAUAAAAAAUGUAAUUUAUAGCAGAAUCUUUGUUACAGAACACCAAAUCUUGGUUAAAUAAAAAUAAAAAUUUUAUUUAAAUAUUUUGCAUUAAAAUACAUAGUUAGUUUUCGAUGUUUAUAAAAAACAAAUUUUUUCACAUAAAACCUAGGUAUAAUUAGUUUUUGGUAUAUUGCAGUAGCUUAUUCACAAUCUCAAUUAUUUUAUCGUAAACAAGUCUUCAUGGGAGGUAUAAUGCAGGUUUCCUUUUCAGUAGCUACAAUACUCCAAAAUGUUUCACAGUAGCUAUAAUUCUCCAAAAUGUUUCAAGUAAGUAUCUCUCUGUGAUAUAAGGAAUUAAGUCUUCAUCACCACUAAAAUAAGAUAUCUAACUACAACCUUUCAUUGUUUGCCUUUCCUAGUUUGAUUAUUAUCCUUGAAACGCUGAAAUAAUGGAAAUUCCUUUUCCUAAGAGUGCAUCAUUUCUUUGUACUUAGUCUAAGGCAACAGUGAAAGGCUUGGAGUGGCAUUGGGAAGAUGUUACCAAUUAUAAACUAUGGUAUUUUUGUUUGCAAGACCCUGCUGGAAUGCUCAGAAUUUCUCAACAAAAUUCUCUUGAGAAUAUGGUUGUAUGUGGACCAGAAUGCCCCACCUCUUUGCAUUUGCAAAUUGUCAACUGGCAGAAUACUGGGUAUUGGUGCUUCUUGUUGCCUUUUAGAAAUGUUCUUUGACACUUAAUUUGUAUUUCAUGGUGUUGCUCUGUGUAAAGGUUUUGUUUCACAUAGUUACUUAAAAUUUGAGACUGAAAAAGUUCCUCUUUAGAACUUCAAAGUUUUGGAUGUGAAUUUAUUGAGUCGGUGAAUUAAUUGUUUUAUGUGUAUAUAAAAGGAUGUUUCUCUCAUAUUUAUUACCUCAUUUAAUUUUACAGUACACAUGAUUUUUUUAAAGGUAGUUCUUUUUUCAUAUGCUGUAGCACAUUUACAGAUAUUUGCUGUUCAUCUACACUAUGUUCAGUAUCAUAGCAGUCUUGUCUUUCUCUUAACAAUGGAUUCCAAAUUUUAAGGUCCUUGAGAUGGAAUACCUUGAGUUGAUGAAUAGGAUGUAUCCUAUCUUGCUUUUGCAUGGCUAGAAGCAAAAUUACAAUAAUUGGCAGAUACUUAAUAAAGCACAAUGUUAAUUAAUAACAAAAUUAAAUGCUAAGGAAACAGAAAUUUAUUUGUAAAAGUGUAUUUCUACCAGCAACAAAAGUUUGCUGUAAAUUAGUGCAUUGACCAAUACGAUUUUAAACCACUGGUGAAGAAUUUCUUUCAAAAUGCACAUUGUUAACUUUAACUACUGACAUGUUAUGUACUAAUUGCUAAUACCCAGUGAAGAUGUGGAUAGUGCUGAAGUGAUAUUGAGAUAAGGUAUAUGAAAACAAGAAACUACAUAUAAAGGAAUAUUCUUUGAACUAUGCACGAGGUAAGCUGAUAUUUAUUUUAAUCUUCUCUGUUCGUGUGCCAUUUCACUAUUUGCCAUUUUACCAUUUAAGUUUUUAAAGGUAUUUUUAUAUGAUGAUUUAUAUUUCCCCUCCAGUUGGCAGGCCAGCUUUCAAUUUUGAUUGAAAAUCCCCUUUGGAAAAAUUGGUUUACCUUUUUAAUUCCCCAUUUCUUGUUGGUAAUUUCUCAGAGCAAAUAACACAGUAUUAAGAUUAUGCAAAAUUUAAGAUCAUAACUGUUAUAUAUUUAACUUACAAUAUGCGUACACUAAUAAAAGAGUUCACUAUGUAAUAAGCGUUGUAAUGACUGGAGAUUCAAGUAGUAACUAGUAUACCUAGUUCACAUUACAUGAAAUGGAAAAUAUUUCACAAGGUUGUGUGUGUUCUUACAAUUAAUACUUGUUUUAUUAAACUUGGCAUAUGGCUUCUGUUAAAAUAACAACUUUUACCUGUGAAACAAUUUUAAAGUUUUCACUUUUAGCUUAGAAUGUAGUGGACCAAUGCAGUGAAUACUACCUACAUUCCUUUGUGUAUUGCAUAAACCUAAAACUGUGUCCAGUUAAAACUUGCUAAUGGUAUAGCACUUUUGGAUGAGAAAUGUAACCAUAGCUGAUCAUUUCAACCAAUUUGUAAAAGGUAUAAAUGUUAAUGUUUUAGUUUGUGGAAAGCACAGUAUUUACAUUGUUUACAAAAUUUCACUCAGAACAAGUGCCCAGCAAUGUCAAGCAAAAACCACACAAAGUGAAUACAUUGUUGCAAGUCCACUGUAGUUUUAUGAGGUUCAGUGAAGAAUAAGUGAACCUUCACUGGUCAUGAGUAAGUAAAGCAAUGAGGUUAACAUGUUUUUCCUACUAUGCCAGUGAUUCAGUUUGGGUGUUAGCAACUUUAAAGAUUUUGAAGUGUACAAAUUCAUAAUGAAGGUGGAGGAAAAGUUUCAUAGCAAGGAUGAUUGAAGCUUUUCAGCAGUCACUCAACAAGGGUGAAACAUAAGUAAUACUGUAGGAAGUUACUGCCUUUCUAAGUGGUUUUAAAAAGAAAAUCUCUGGAGAUAUAUAUUAUUAAAAAGCUUCAAUUUUUGAUAGCAGUGAAAGCAAAAGAGUUCUCAUGUUACAAGCAUUAUGAAUGAGAAAACCCCUUUUGAAAUAAAAAUAUUGUCUUCUUUGGUAAGAUACUUUAGGGCUUUCUAUGCAGUGAUACCUGUUUUAUGUAUUUAAAUUAUUUUUAUUUCAGUGUACCAUAUACACAUCAGUUUCAAAAGGUUUUCAGGGGAGAAAUGUCAUGUUGACCAAGUUUGGCUUGAAAAAUGGGGAAUUAUUUUGAAAGGCUCUUGGAAAACCCAACAAUAUCAUACAGUAAUAUCACAAACACGUUCAUUAAAUACGUAUUAAGGAACCAUUGUAAUGUUUAUACAAAUGAUGAUAUAUUGUUUUUAUAUUUUCUAAUCUUUUGUUUUGUUAAUAAAAUUUCAUAUUUUUAUUAACCAGAUAAUCACCUACACAUAAAUACUGCUUCUCAUGAGUUUAUAUAAAUUGUAGGGUGUCAUGAGUUGAAGUUUAACCAUGACACACAAAUUACCAUAUAUCUUGAAAUAAUGCACUGUACAUAGCUGUUCAUGUGUGUCAUACAUACCUGUGAUUAUGCUUGUUUUAACUAAGUACAGAUUAUAUGUUGAUUUUAACAAAUGUAUAUAAUUUUACAAAACAUUUUAGCCUCCACAGUGAAAUUUAUUUUUCUUAUUUUUAGGACACCAUUGAAUAUGAAAGAUGUAGAAUUCUGACUGACAGCUUCUCAGAUAGUAUAUUGUUCAUAGCAGUAUAAAUUGAGAUUGUGUUGAGCAAAAGAACUGUUUUUGAAGAACAUCUUUGUUAAGUAGGUUCAUCUAUUGGGAUUUGGGCUGAUUUUUCAAAACUUAAGUUACCUCAAGAAACCCACCCAUUAGAAACAUAAUAGUUUGUCAGAAGUUGGACUUAAGAGAGAAAGUAAAGUAGUAAAGUACUUACUUCUAUUUUUAUAAAUUGAACUUUGUUGUUCAUGAGCCUUUCAUCUAUAUACAAAGUCUUUUUUUGCCUUUUUUCAAAGAUUUACUGGAAUGCAAGUAUUAUGAACCCUUUUAACACACUAAUUUCAAACCUGAUGUAUUUAUUUAUGAUGUGCAAUGCUGUUGCACAUUGCUGAAGCCUUAUUGUUUUUACUCUUUUUGUUUAUUUUGUCAAUGUUCACUCCUCUUAGCUUGCACAUUUUCUCUUAUUCUCUCUUCUUGAUUUUUUACUUUACUACACACAAACAGGAAUUAUCCUUAAUCUUCAUUAGUGGUUGUAUUUAUGUAUAAAUAACAGGUAUAAUGAAAGUAUUGCUUAGUUGUAUUGGCAUGUGAGGAUUAAACUAAGUCUGCAAGAAAGAAUGGACGAGUUAGAUGCAUUUUUGGUGAUAUUGUUGUCAUAUAGUGUAUAGUGUAUCAUACUUUUCAUUAAUUAUUAAACAUCAGAGCAUAGAGGUAAAACACACCAAGUGGUUAGUGAUAUAAUUUGUUCAGCAUUUCUGACACAGCUUGUAACAAAAUUGAUGUAAUAUUCAAUCUUUUAAGCUUCUUUACAUGAUAAACUUGUAUGGAAAGUAGUUGUCUAGAAUAAUGCUAAGCACCUUGAACUGGACAGUACCAACUCAUUGCACUGCAUAUCCAAAUGGCUUUGUAAUACAGUAUGACUGACACGUUAUGUCUGAAGGAUCCAUUUUAUAGAUGUUUCUAUGAUAUUUUUUGAAAUAAAGGAAUACCCGUUA